AUGCCUACCUUGCCUACUAUUGUCCCUCCUUCAUAUAUUGUGGUUGACAUUGAAGAGGAUCAAGAUGAGAGUGAAGAAGAGGAGGGGGAUAAUGAAGAUGAGAGUGGAGAUGAGGAUGACGAGGAUGCAACUAAGGGGAAUGACGAUUUUGCGA